AUUUUGGAAACGACACUUAUUAAAAACGACAAUGAAAUUUUUGACCAGUCAACUAAAUAAACGACAUUGGGCUGUAAUAAUGGACUUUUCAUGCUUAUUGGGCCUCAAGUCUCGGGAGUCUUUGAACAUCUCUAAUCGAACGUUGCUUCCUCUCCCUAAACCCCGCUAGAACCCCAGAACUCGCUUCUCCACCGGUCCCAACACUCUCCGGCAAACCGGCCGAUGCCCGCUAACGUGCGCCGUAUUCUCAACACAGUCGAGGUACAACCCCAAACCCUCAACACUCUCCUUGUAAGGCAUUCCAAGAGCUUUGAUUUUCUGAACCAGUUUUUACCUUUUGAUUUUCCCAUUUCGGAUUCUUCGAAUAGUAUAAACCCGAACGAGCGGCGCAAAAUCGCUGUUGGGUUAUCGAAAAUAGUCAAAACCCAGAAAAUUUACGUACUUCAGGGCUUCUCUAGAGAGUUUUGCCCAUCUUCUCUUGUAAAUAUAAUGAAGAUGUUGGAAACUCGAGACACCGCUUUUGCUUUCUUUAAAUUCGCGUUUAGAGACCAUUCUGAUAGAGUUGUGAGGUCUUCUGGCCUCGCCGCACUUUUUUUAUCGGCGGAGGAUCUCCAAUUUUUGGCCCAAGACAUGGUUUCUUAUAUAAUAGAUAAAAUUGGAGCUGUUAGGAGUAGAUAUUUGGUUGAGUUCAUGUGGGAAUAUCACUAUAGAUAUGAGUCACAUUUCUCAGUAUUGAACACCCUUAUGCGAGGCUUCUUGAACGCUGAAAUGGGCUAUGAGGCUUUGCAGAUUGUGAAUAAGAUGAGGGAAGUAGGAGUGAGUCCAAGUUCAUCAGCUAGUAGAAUUCUGUUCAAGUUAUUGAUUAGAGUUGGUGAUUAUGGUAGUGUGUGGAAGCUUUUCAGGGAUAUGGUUAGUAAAGGGCCUCCCAUUUCGACUCAUACAUUUAAUAUGAUGAUUCUCGGGUUUUGUCGAAAAGGGUUGCUCUCAACUGGUGAGAGUUUGUUUCACGUGAUGAGAAAAUUCAAUUGUGAGCCUGAUGUUUUUGGAUACAAUAUUGUAAUCAAUGCGAAUUGUAUGAUGGGCCAGAUUUCGAAUGCUCUUGAAUGGAUGCAUUUCAUGAUUUCAAAUGUCUGUGAACCAAGUGUUGUUACAUUUAAUACAGUUAUAAACGCCUUGUGUAAGGAGGGAGACAUGGUAAAAGCCAGGAGUUUCUUUGAUGGAAUCCUUAAUGUGGGUGUUUUUCCAAAUACAGUAACAUACAAUAUCAUGAUCGAUGGGUAUGUUAAGUCAGGGGAUAUUGGUGAGGCAGACAAGCUUUAUGAGGAGAUGAAGAACAAAGGCAUUAAUCCUGAUGGCAUGACAUUUAAUAUCUUGAUUGCAGGUCACAACAAGUAUGGAAGGGAGAAUAUUGGGGACAUGCUGUUAAGGGAUUUAGCUGUACCGGAAGUGUUUCCAGUUAGUUCAUUGUUUGAUGUUUCGAUUGCAGUUUUGUGUUGGGCAGGACGGUUGGAUGAAGCCAUGGAAUCUGUGGAAAAUAUGCUUGAGAAAGGAUUUCCUCUCAGUGUUGUUGCAUUUAACUCUAUUAUAGCAGCUUAUAGUAAAGGAGGGUUCGAAGAAAAAGCCUAUAAGGCUUAUUUGAUUAUGAGUAGAUUUGGUUUAACUCCAUCGUCUUCCACAUGCUGUUAUUUGCUCCUGGGUUUGUGCAAGAAGGGAUGCUUAAAUGAAGCCAAAGAUCUUUUGUGUAACAUGACAGAAAAGGGUUUUCCUAUUAACAAGCUCGCUUUCCUAGUGCUUUUGGAUGGGUACCUAAGGACAGGGAACCUGAAUGGAGCUUGGAAUCUAUGGUAUGAGAUGCAAAGCAGAGGGAUUCGUCCCGAUGCUGUUUCCUUUGCAAUCUUCAUCAAUGGACUUGCCAGAGCAGGUGUCGUGGAGGAGGCAUAUGACAUGUUACUAAAAAUGGUAGUGGGAGAAUUUGUGCAUACUGAUUCUGCAUAUAAUUUUUUGAUUAAUUGGUUUUAUAACCAUGGGAGACUAAAUCGGAACUCGAUGUGUUAAGGAGAGAAAUGCAGCAAAAGGGUCUUCCUUCUGGAUAUCUUUAUUAGACAACAUCAUCAUCACUCACAUUUCCAUAAUGACAAAUAUGAAGUUGAGUACUUCCUUUCCUUUGAUGCUGAAUUUGAGUUUUCUGUUGAAGUCACAAAUUCAAUGGAGAAAACCAUUCUUGCUGUAACACCUUUCAAGGUUCAAAAGACUCAGCCUUCAACUCAUUAUGAUUUAGGAUUUCCCUGUUUUCUACAAUGGUCUCUGGUUCAUUUCUAGAUUUAUAACCUUUGAACUGACAGUUGUGGCAUGAAAAAUAAGAGAUGAAGAAAAAAGGACUCUCAGAAUGGAUAAAUAUUACGAACCCCAUUGGUUUGGUUGAUGAUAUAAUUUGGCUUUGCCCAAAAGCAGAAGAAAGUCACGAGGUUGAACAAAGAGAGCCUACAUAAGGGGGCAUAGACAACAAAGUAAUUUCCUUCUCUAAACAGAUUAGGACAAAGCUUAAAAGUUAUGGGGUAAAUGACACUAGAAAGAAUGAUGAUGCUCAUCAUGUUUGUAGUUUGAUACUAAUUAUGUAUAUCUGUGGCAAUUUAAAGUGUAACAAACAUUUUCACCAACAUAUUAUCAAUUAAUUCCUCAGGCAUUGUA